CAAGACUGACGUCAUCACACAAUUCUGACGGCUAACGGACCUACUUUCAUUCUUGACCUAGAAGUUUGAAAAGUUUUUAACAGUUAUUCUAGUUUUUUAGUAAGCAUAUUAGACAAAUACCUGCCGCUUUAAAUGAUGUUCAGUAAGCUAUUGCAUUAAUUAAACCAGAACGUUAGCUAUUGGUAGUAAAAAGGGGGACUACUUUAUAGUUUGGAACCGCAAGACGGAAGCAUAAUUGGUAAACUGGCCGCAUCACGCAAAUGGCGACAGAAAAAGGUUUCGGCAAAACAGCUACUGAAAAUUAGGGCUAGUGAAACGUGGUUAUGUAGUAACCUUAUAAAAAUGUGAUCAAACUUUAACACAUGAAGCCCGUAAUAAAGGAAAUGGCAGAUACUUUACUCCCAAAACACCCAAUUUCAUCUUUAGAAUCAGAACUUUAUUUCCUAAUUGCUCGCCAUUUGUCGUCAGGCCCAUGUCGAAAGUCAUUCGAGGUGCUGAUACAAGAGCUGGAGCUGUACCAGCUGCUUCCUAAAAGAUUGGACUGGAAAGGCAAUGAACAUAACAGAAGUUAUGCAGAUUUGAUUGUAAGACUGUUACAUGGAAGAGUACUAUGUUUGCUGCCCUACACAGAGGAAGACCUCCAGAAAUCCCCAACUACAACAACUCUGCAAAUACUGUUCUUGUUCUUCGCGGCCGACAGCUGACUGGGAGUGCACGUUUUACAGCUUUGCUUUCUGUCAACAAUUACCAGAACAUAAAGAUGUGUAGGAGGAUUCUUGGGCACUUGUCAUCUGUGUAUUGUGUUGCUUUUGACCGUACUGGACACAGGAUAUUUACUGGCUCAGAUGACUGCUUAGUAAAGAUUUGGUCUACUCAUAGUGGGCGUUUACUUUCUACUCUGAGAGGGCAUUCGGCAGAGAUUUCAGACAUGGCUGUGAAUUAUGAGAAUACUUUGAUUGCUGCUGGCAGUUGUGACAAGAUCAUUCGCGUUUGGUGUCUUAGAACUUGUGCACCAGUGGCUGUACUGCAGGGGCACACUGGGUCCAUAACGUCUUUACAGUUCUGUCCAAUGGUGAAAGACUCUGUAAGAUAUAUGGUGUCUACUGGGGAAGAUGGGACACUCUGCUUCUGGCAGUGGGAUGUACAUACCAUGAAGUUCAGCAGUCGACCACAAAAGUAUACAGAAAGACCAAGGCCUGGAGUUCAGAUGCUUUGUUCUUCAUUCAGUGUUGGUGGUAUGUUCCUUGCAACUGGCAGCACUGACCACAUAAUUAGGAUGUAUUUUCUGGGUUGUGAAACUGCUGAAAAGAUAGCAGAACUUCAAGCACACACUGACAAAGUUGACAGUAUUCAGUUUUCAAACACUUGUGACAGAUUUAUAAGUGGCAGCAGAGAUGGCACUGCCAGAGUUUGGAGGUUUGACCAUCAUGAAUGGAAGAGUAUUCUGCUAGAUAUGAAUGCUGGAGUUGAAGGGAGAAAAGAAACAUCGCCUGAAGACAAGUUCAUGAGACCAAAAGUUACAAUGAUUGCAUGGGAUCGAUGUGAUAAACUAAUUGUUACUGCUGUGAACAACCAUUUGCUGAAUGUAUGGAACUCUUUAACUGGGCAGCUACUUCAUACUCUGACGGGUCAUAAUGAUGAAGUUUUUGUUUUGGAGGCGCAUCCGUUUGAUUCAAGAAUCAUGUUGUCUGCUGGUCAUGAUGGAAAUGUAUUUUUAUGGGACAUCACAAAAGGCACCAAUAUCCGUCAAUAUUUUAAUAUGAUUGAAGGUCAAGGCCAUGGUGCUGUGUUUGAUUGUAAGUUUUCACCAGAUGGACAACAUUUUGCUUGCACAGAUUCUCAUGGUCAUCUGUUGAUAUAUGGAUUUGGCUGUAACAAACGUUAUGAAAAGAUUCCUGACCAGAUGUUUUUCCAUACGGAUUAUCGACCAUUGAUUCGCGAUUCCAACAACUAUGUUCUUGAUGAACAGACUCAGCAGGCCCCUCAUCUCAUGCCACCACCAUUUUUGGUAGAUGUUGAUGGCAACCCACAUCCUCCUAAAUACCAGAGACUGGUACCUGGAAGGGAGAACUGUGCAGAGGAACAUCUAGUACCACAGCUGGGAUAUGUGGCAACAAGUGAUGGAGAAGUGAUUGAGCAAGUGAUUGGACAACAGACCAGUGAUCAAGAUGAACCGGAGUCCAGCAUUCUGGAUGGCAUGAUCAGACAGCUACAACAUGAGCAAGACCAAAGAUCCAGAGCAGAACCUAAUGAAAUGCAAAGUAGAGAAGAGACAUUGAGACAAGGUUUUAGAAGUCCAAGCUUAGAUAUUCAGUCACCACCAAACAUAGGACUGCGUCGCAGUGGUCAGAUUGAAGGAGUGCGCCAGAUGCAUCAAAAUGCCCCUCGUAGUCAAAUUGCCACAGAAAGAGAUCUUCAAGCCUGGAAACGAAGAGUGGUAGUCCCUGACCUUCCAUACUCUGUUAGCAGAAAACAAGAAGAGUACAGAGUUGCUAAAGGGGAAGAGGAGCUUGCCUUGUAUAUGUCGAAGAAAAAGAAAUUGUUGCAGAGCAUGCAGAAGAAUGAAUCUGAGAAUUCUGUGGCACAUUCUAAAAGGAGAAGACUGCAAUUUCACCACCGUAGUCCUAGUUAUCCAGCCCGAGUAGGAGAAGAGUUUUUGGAGCUGUCUUGUGAGGAGGGUGAAGAAACUGAAAGCCCUGCAGAAGAAGAAGAGGAAUAUGAUUCAGCAAAUGAUGCAAGCUCAUUGUAUUCUGAUGUGGAGGAUGAAGAGGAGUGGAAGAGUGAAACUAACAGCAACAGCAACUCCACCAGUGAUUAUUCUGACUGGACUGCUGAUGCAGGGAUUAACCUUCAGCCACCUGCAUGGACAUCUUCCCGACGGCGCAGGGUACAGAAGCCACUGAGUAGCUCAGAUGAAGAACCAUCAGCUGAAGAGGAGAGGCCUGUUAGAAAGCCAGAGAAGCUCAAGGGAGUACAGCAAGAGGGCCAGUCCUCAAGUCCACCAAUAAACAGAAGUGAAUGGAAUCCUCCAGAUUGGAUAACUGAUACUAUGCCCAGAAAGUCACCGUUCGUUCCACAAAUGGGAGAUGAGGUUGCAUAUUUUCGCCAAGGUCACAAAGCUUAUAUUGAAGCAGUCAAAAGAAAAAAAUAUUCUAGAAUUAACCUUCCUAAAAAACCAUGGAGGAAACUGGACCUCAGGGACCAAGAACUUCUAAAAAUUGUUGGAAUUAAGUAUGAAGUUGGGCCUCCCACUUUGUGUUGUCUCAAGCUUGCCUUCAUUGAUCAUGAAACGGGAAGACGUCAAAGUGGCUCAUUCUCUCUCAAGUAUCAUGACAUGCCAGAUGUUAUUGAUUUUAUUGUACUGCGUCAAUUUUUUGAUGAAGCACGGCAAAGAACCUGGAAACCCAGGGACAGGUUUAGGUCAGUAAUAGAUGAUGCUUGGUGGUUUGGAACAGUGCUCAAGCAGGAACCUGCUAAUCAUGAAUAUCCUGACAGUCCCUUCCAGUGUUACAGUAUUCGAUGGGACACUGACGAAGUGGACAGGUUAAGUCCUUGGGACAUGGAAACUAUUCCUGAUCAUGCGGAACUGCCUCAAGAGGUUGGUGCUAGUGUUCCUGUAACACCAGAUGAAAUGGAUAACUUACUGUAUAAACCAAAGAAGGGGGAGUGGGGAAAGAAAUCACAGCAUGAGGAAUGUGAGCGUAUCAUCAACGGUAUUGAUCAGCUUCUAACACGUAAUAUAGCGGCUCCAUUUUCUGCACCAGUGGACUUGCGGAGAUACCCUUUGUAUUGCAUGGUUGUAGCAUACCCUACAGACCUCAGCACAAUCAGGAUGAGGCUGGUUAACAGGUUUUACAGAAGAAUAUCUGCACUUGUCUGGGAAGUAAGAUGCAUUGAGCACAAUGCAAGGACUUUUAAUGAACCAGACAGCCCUAUUACCUUGUCUGCAAAAAAGAUCACUGAACUGCUCCUAAACUACAUUAAUGAUCAAGACUGUACAGACAUUUCGGAGAUGUGGAAAGAUGUGGAGAAGCAGAGAGAGGACAUGCGUGGAGACCAGGAAGAAGAUGAGUCAUCUGAUGUUCCCAGAUCGUCUACAGUUGGCCGGGCUUAUGGUGGACAGCAGCAGAAAUUAUGCAUCAAAGCCAAAUAUGAUCGGAAACACUGGAAGAGACGUUGUAAAGAGCUGAUAGAAUAUAUUUUCCAGUGUGAGGAUUCAGAGCCUUUCCGCCAACCUGUAGACCUGGAUGACUAUCCUGACUAUGGUGAUAUUAUUGCUACUCCCAUGGACUUUGGAACAGUGAAAAAGAUGCUGGAGGAUGGCAAAUAUGAAAGUCCUAUAGAGCUUUGUAAAGAUGUUAGAUUAAUAUUCAGCAAUGCAAAAGCCUACACACCUAAUAAAAGAUCUAAGAUAUACAGCAUGACUUUAAGACUAUCUGCAUUCUUUGAAGACAGAAUCAGAAUAAUCAUUUCAGAUUAUAAAACAGCACAGAAAAACAGUGAGAGAAUCCCAAAAAGUCAAAGCAGCAGAAGAUGGAAUGGUACAGACUACUCUGAGUCCAGCAGCAGAGCAUCCAGCGUGGAAAGAAACAAAAGGAGGGUGAAAUCUCAGACAAGAUUGCGUUCCAGAAAAACUGCAUCACAGUCCGUCCCAAGUAGAUCAAGUUAUUCAAGUUAUAAUGCUCAUGUAAGCAAUUCUGCUAGGUGCUCGUAUAGUGAACAGCCUGUGUUUAAAAGACCCUCAAGGGAUUCAUCAGAUACCUCAACAGAUAACUCGUCUUCCACCUCAGACAGUGAGAGUGAAGAUUCUUCAAGCUCUUCCAACGAAAGUGAAGAAAUGACAAAGCCUGUUUCUCGCAAGUACAGUAGCUCUGAGUCUUCAGAUGGCUGCAGAUCUAGAAUGACAAGAAACAAGGCUGUUCUGACAAAGCACAAACACGAUACAAAUUCUGUCGUAAAUGGGCAUGACAAAAGAAUGCGCAGGAAGCGGAAGUUUGUUACUGACUCAGAUGAGGAGGAGGAUAGAAUGUCUGAAAGUAAUCUGAGGAAAAAAGAAAAUGGUCCUGCUUGCAGAAAAAUGCUUCGCAAAACAGCCUCAGUUGCAGUUAAUAAAAUGAAGUUAAUGAGUGACAUAGAGGAAGACAGUAAUUCCAGCUCUGACACUAAAAACAACAUAAUCAAGAGAAGGAGGACAUCACAUGCUGCUUCUGUAGCCAAGAAAAAAAUUGAAGAGGAACCUGAGGACAGUGAAUCAUCAAUGACAGAAAUUGAGUACAGUGAGCAUAGUGAUACUGAGGAGCAGCAGACUUACAAACCCAUUCAUGUUAAAAGAAGAAAGGAUUUUCAUGAGUAUGUGGGAACCGACUCAGAACCUCAGGGUGAUGAGCAGAUAAAACAAGAGAGCAGUCUUAGCAGUCAAAGAAGGCCCCAACGGGCAGCUGCUGCUGCCAGUAAGAAACUUUUAAUGAGAAUUUGUGAGGAAGAAAUGGACUCCGAUGUUCAAAAUGUGAAACCUACAAGAAGCAGUAUGAAUUCUUACCCAAGUACACAUGUCAGAAGGGAAAAUCUAGUAGACAACUCAGAGGAUGACUCUGAACCUGUUAGCAAGAGUCCAAAUACUAGAAAUAAAAAACACUGCAGCAACGUUUAUUUUGCUGGGAAACAAACUCAGAUGUCCGGUGUCCAUAAACAUGUGGUGUCUGUAGGUAGAAGGCAUAAAAGAAUAAGGGACUAUGAAUCAAAGUUUGCAAGUCCUCCACAAAAUGUACAUUGUGAUGCUGGGGAAGAGACCUUGGUUAGUGAUUCAGAUAAUGUUUCAGAAUCCACAAAAGGAAGGAAAGAGCCAAAAAGAGAGAAACUGCGUCAUCGGCCUAUUCGACAUACAGAAAAAGAGAGGACACUGAAUGAUGUAGAAGAAGAAGAAAGCCUACAUUUUGAAAGGAGGAAGGCUAAAGAAGAAGAGCAUGUAGACCCUAGUUCCAAAAAUCAAUAUAUUCAGACUAGAAAGAAGAGGAAAAUUGUUAGUGAUUCAGAGUGUGAUUUUGAAUCUAACAGCAAAAGUCAAACUGUUUCUAACAAGAAACUUCCCCAUCGAAGUGUUAGAGCUGCAACUCUCAAGAAAUUAAUGACUUAUGUAAAAGAAGAUGAUAGCUCUCUGUCUGAAAGUCAAACUUCUAAAGAUAAAAAAGACACUAGCACAAAUUUUAAGAAUCUCUCACAUCUUUGUACUUCAAAAAAAAGCUCAUUCAGUGAUUCCGAUGAUAGUUCAGAAUCUGAGAUUAGACAGUCUAAUGUCAAAAGCAGGAAGUCUUACCCUCAAAUUGCAACAAGUUCUUCAAAAAGUAGAUCAAUGAGCAAUUUGAAGAAGGAAGAAAGCUUUGUUUCAGAAAGUGGGAGGUGUGGGAAAGGAAGGAGCACCAGACCGUAUUUAGAAAGUCACCCUCAUUUCUUUGCGGAGGAAAAUAUAGCAAGCAAAUUAGAACAGAACUCAGAGUCACAGCAAAAAUAUGAUACCUAUAAAUUACGAUCUCAUGGUUCUACAAAAAGCAGGUUAAAAAACAGUAUGGAGGAGAAAGACAGCUGUGCAUCAGAAACUGAGAAGCGUAUGGAUGAAAAAGAUUCCAAAUUUUAUUCUAGACGUCAGCACCAUGUUUCUGUGAGGGAAACCUAUGUUGAUGAUUCAGAUGAAGACUCCACCUCCAAGAAUAAAAAACAGACCACCAAAAGGAAUAAAAUAUCACACACAAUUCUUAAUGUGGCUACAGAAAAGAAACUGGCUGGAUCACAAGAAGGAGAGGAAGACAGUUCUGCAGUUGAAAGUCAGAGGUGCUCCGAUGUAAAGAACAAAUCGGAUUCCAAGAGAAAUAGACGCGAGUGUGCAGGGAGGAGGAACUUUGUCAGUGAUUCAGACAAUGACUCUGAAUCAGAAAGCAAAGUACGGCAAUCCAGAAGCAAAAAGUUGCGUCACCUGUCUUGUGCUGCUACAAAAAAGAAACAGGCAAGUGACUUCGAAGAAGAUGAAAGUCAUGUUCCUGACAAUAGGAAACAGAAGCAGGAAAAUAACAAAACUCACCCCCUUGUUUAUUUAGACAGAAAUGCUGUCAACAAAGAUUUGCAUGUUGAUUCAGUGUCUGAAAAUAAAACAUGGAAUAUCAAAACAAAGAAGCUGCCACGCCAUACUUCUAGUGCUGAUGCGAAGAGUAAGUUAGUCCACAAUACGGAAGAAAAAUCUGCUUCUGAAAGUAGUGGGUAUAAAAAUGAAAAGUACGUCAAAAGUGGCUGGAAUUUUCAUGGCAGGAAGAAGUCAUUCAGUGAUACUGAAGAUUACUCUGAAUCUGAAAGUAGAAGACAGACUGCCAAAGUAAGGAAACAACACUAUCAAACUAUUACAAGAAGAAAAGUACAGAGUAAUUUGGUGGAGGAAGAAAGUGAAAAGGAAAAAACAGAAAAGGAUACUGAAUCUGAUUCUGAAAGCAGUGAAACUUCAGGAUCAGAAAGUGAUUCAGGAUCCUUGUCUGAAGCAGCAUCUAGCCCUGUAUCAGAAUCAAUUUCUGAAUCAGACUCUGACAGCAGUGUUAAAAAUGUUAAAGGAAAAUUAAUGGAAGAAAAAAUUAAGUACAAGUUAAAUGCUUCAGAAAAUACCAGAAAAUCCAGUAGAAUAAGGACUAAAACUGAUGGUUUUGGUUGUGAAAAUACUACAAAAACAUCUCAGUUUCCUUCCAUAAAAACUAGAUAUCAGGGUAAACGAACAAUAAAAUAUAAUGAUGGGAAUACAGAUGAUGAUGGUACAUCACAUACCAAUGAUGAAAGUGCAAGAUUAAGAACAUAUGAAACAAGACAUUUAACUAGGAAGUCUUCAAGAGUAGCAGCUUGUAAGAUGCUGGGGAAGUAACACUGGAACACUUGAGAAUAUUAACAAUAAUUCAGGGAUAAAUAUUUAUAUUUUUCUAUUGAACUUUUGUGAAUUAACUUGUUGGAAAAUAUUAAUUUCAAACAGACUACUUGUUUGCUAUUAUAAAUAGCAUGAAAAGCCAAAUUGUGCCUCAUUUAAGGGGCAAAGCACUUGAAUUUGGAAUUUUACCUAACAGUAUAUCCAAGAUAUUCACAUAAGACAGUACAAAUAUCAGUGUAGUAUGCUAAACUAGCAUUCAUGAUACAGUGGAAUCAGUUCCAUUAAAAAUGUGAAUAUGUUGCAGUGAAUUCUUAUGUAUCCUUAAUGCAGUGGAAACUCAGGAUUUUUUAACUCUAGCUUGAGAAAUGAGGUAGUAUCAAUUCAGGAAUGGUUCAGGUGCAGAUGUGAAGAAAAGAACUGUUUCAGGUCUAACCAGAGCAAUGAUUUUGCUUAACCUUCAUCAAGGCACUUGUUUGCCUUGCAGCUCAGCUCUUCCAUUUAUUAAAAUGGUAUCCAUAGGACCCUUUCGUAGAGCUACGUUAAUGUAUGGAUUAACUUUGUUGUAAAGUAACAUUAAGCAAGAACAAUAUGUAUAUAGUCAUGGCUGUUGUAAUAUUGUGUAAUAUUGGGAACCUGUUGAUAGCUGCUGGAAGACCUUAUCUUAGAUGCCUUUAAUUUGUGAAAUAUUUUUUUAUGUAAAGGCAUCAUCUGUAAAUUUAAGUCUUUGAAAAUAAAGUGCUGAAUUUCUUCUUAA